UCGAACACGGGCGGUAAUAACUUCGAUAUCUACUCUCAGGAUAAUCCAGAUAGAGAUGAAAUAUGGAGAUCCAUACGGAUGGACAAAAUGACAGCCAUCACCGUAGAAGAAUACUCUCGUGUCUCACCUAGCAAGCAAACUGCUCAUCUAUACGGAGGUGAAGAAGGCUAUGGUGUACUGUUGGAGGUGUUUCAUCAACUUCAUUGUUUGGACGCUAUAAGACAGGAGUUUUAUGCCGGUCCCAUUGAAACCGUGGUGACCAAGGGAUUUGCAGAAGGCGGUUACGCGGAUCAUUGUUUCAGCUACCUUGUUCAAACAAUUUUGUGUCAUGGAGAUGUUGGCUUCAUGACAGUGAGAUGGCAUGAGAGGAUGCAAGCGUUUCAUGCCAACUUCAAUAUUCAGAAGAAGUGUCGAAAUGUCGAUGCUAUUCGGGAGUGGGCUUUGGCCAAAGAACCAAAGUUCCAUCCAACCUCCAGAUCUUCUAGAUAG